AUGGGUCCAAACACGUCUUCAUCGCCCGAACUCGGGGUAGGGGAGAAGCGAGAGGUCGCCGUAGAUGAUGCUACUAAUAAUAAUGAAAAGACGCUGGCCUCUGAUGACGUGCAGGUCGACGAUAUCGACGAGAUCCUCAGGUCUGUCCAAGCCUACUCUCCAGAGGAAGCAAAGCGGAUAUUGAGAAAAGUCGACUAUCGACUCAUUCCACUCCUCACCCUGCUAUACUUGCUGGCCUUUAUCGACAGAGGGAACAUUGCGAAUGCAAAGAUUGCUGGCCUCGAGACGGACUUGCAUCUGGUGGGCUCUCAGUAUAACAUAGCAUUGACGCUCUUCUUCGUCCCAUACGGCCUGUUUGAGGUGCCUAGCAAUGUCGUCCUUAAGCUUCUACCGCCCUCAGCGUGGAUUGCUAUCAUGAUGCUGGCCUGGGGAACCGUCACCACACUGAUGGGAGUGGUUCAGAGCUAUCAAGGCCUCCUUGCAGCGAGAUUCUUCCUGGGCGUAGCUGAGUCUGGUUUCUUCCCAGCAGCUACAUACCUGUUAACAAUUUGGUAUAAGCGAUAUGAAGUUCAGCACCGGAUGGCAAUAUUCUAUGGCUCUGCUUCCUUGUCUGGAGCGUUUUCGGGCCUCCUUGCGUUUGCAAUUCAAAAGAUGCAUGGUAUUGCAAACCUCGCAGGAUGGCGUUGGAUCUUCAUACUCGAGGGCCUCCUACCUAUCUCCUUAUCUAUUGCAAUAUGGUUCAUACUACCAGACAGCCCUGAGCGUGCAAAGUUCUUGACCAAGGAAGAGAGAGAGUUCCUUACAAACAGACUGUCUCUCGAAACCGGCUCAGGCCAAGGUCGGGUCACCAAUAACGACAAGAUCACGCUCGGCCAUGUUUUCGCUGCAUUUAAAGAGUGGAAGAUUUACUGCGCCAUACUGAUGUUCUGGGCUAACACAAUUGGCGUUUACGGAUUCACUGCAACGGUUCCUACAGUUAUUAAUGACCUUGGAUAUACUGCUGCACAGGCUCAGCUCCUGACCAUACCAAUAUACGUUGUAGCCACCAUAGGGAUUCUUGUAUUCGCCUACCUUUCCGAUCGUUAUGAGCAGCGAACUCCUUUUAUCAUCGCUGGAAAUACCAUUGCUCUAUUAGGAUUUGCAGCACAACUUGCAAUUCCACAUCCGAGGUACUCUGGUUUGACUUACGGGAUGCUGUUCCUCGUUGCCUCGGGGCUGUAUUCUGCAUUUACCCCUGUGCUCUGUCUGAUCGCCAAUAAUCUUGCACCUUCAUCUAAACGGGCUGUGGGGAUGGCUAUUUUAAUUUCCAUUGGGAACUGGGGCGGCAUAGCUGGCUCAAACAUCUACCUUGUCAAGGAGAAACCAAGGUACCAAACGGGCUUUGGUGUGUCCCUUGCCAUCUGCGGUAUUGCAAUUAUAACAGCUAUCUUCUUGCGGGUCGAGUUUAAGCGAGUAAACGACCAGCGAGAUAAACUAAUUGCAGAACAGGGCGAAGAAAUGAUUAGAGCCAGAUAUACGGAGAAAGAAUUAUUGGAUAUGGGUGACUUGAGCCCCUUUUUUAGAUAUACCCUUUAG